UUCUUCCCUUCUUACAGAAGGAAGAGGAAGAAUUGUCUUUGUCUUGUUCCCUCCUUCCUCAUCACAUUUUUUUGUUUCCGCUAUGAGCGAAACCAUGUCUAGCCCUUCCGAUUGGCUCCAAUUCUAUAACCAAAACCUUUCUACUCAACCGACGUCGUCUCCAGGCCGCAACGUCUCGGGACCUCAGGCCGACGAUCGAGUUUCCGACGCCACUGCUGUCACCACUACCGUCACUUCGGCCACCGGUCACCUGAGCCCUGAAGGCCGCGUCUCCAAGCCCGUGCGCCGGCGGUCCAGGGCGUCCCGACGAACACCCACUACGCUACUCAACACGGACACUGCAAAUUUCCGAGCCAUGGUGCAACAGUUCACCGGCGGUCCUGGCGCGCCCUUUGCGCACCCGUGUGGGCCGAGCUUUGGUUUCGGGUUAGGCGCCGGCCGGCAAGUUCAGGUUAACAAUCCUACAGCAAUGAUGUUGCCGCCCGGCCACGGGUAUCAUCAUCUUCAGCAGCAGCAGCAGCAACAGCAGCAGCAGCUGUACCAGCAGCAAGGGCAGCAAUACAUGUUUUCGUUAAGCAACAACAACAACAGCGCACCCGGUGAGGCUUUUCUUCAAAGACUUGGCGGGUCAAGAGUCGCCAACUUGGGGGCCGGCUCCGAUGGGUUUGUGAUGGGCGGCGUUUCAUCUUCCUCCGGCCAAGUUGCUCCUGCUCGGCCUUCUAGCUCCUCCAAUGAGAAUAGGAGUAACAGUUUCAUAUUUUGAGAAAGACAAAAAGAAGAAAGUUAGGUACUGACUUGUCUUAGGGAGAAAUUGUUGACCAAUGUAAAUAUUUUAUAAUAUUAUAUAUAUAUAUAUAAAUCUCCUUGUCACUAAUUGCUAGCAAUCAUGUCGGCUACAUUUCAAUGCGGCUUGGAGAGGAUUUGCUUUUUUCUUUUUCUUUUUCUUUUUUCUUUUUUCUUUUUCUUUUUGUUUGAAUUCAUAUUUUGUUGUUGUUUCUGGAAUGUUGUUUACCAAAACAAUGGAUUCAUGUUUUGUUGUUUA